CCCGAUGGACGUACACCGCCUGCCUGACCAAGCGGAUAUCUUCUGCGCGUUGCCUAUCGCUCAUCUCGGGCGGCGAACGCAGCGCCGCACGGUUCAAUGUGCGUCACACUGCGCGUUGACGGCUCACGCUGCGUGGCCACGCAUACGACGCGGCCAAUUCACUCCUCAGAACCUCACCGGCGAUACACGUCCCGGACACUGCCGCGGCGAAUCAAUCAGUGCGAAGCUGGCCUACUGAGUCCGAAUUCUAUUCCUCGAGGCGCAAUGGAGCUAGCACCCUUGCGCACCUCGGGUCCCAGUGGACGAGAGCAAUCCUUCCCCAGCGCUCACGCCGCUUUCCAUCUAAUUUUACAUAACAUAUCGUGAAUCGAGUCAACACGUCCACCAUGGACCGAAGGUAGCCUGCUGGAGAGAUCUUGGCCCCGAUUCAAUCACAGAAGGUCGAUGAAGGCCUGUCUAAACUCCGUGCGCUCAUGUUGGAUACAUCAAGAUUGGUUUUGAAGCACGAAGAAUUACACUGAGGACCUCAUCAAAGCGUCCGCUGAACGGCGGCGAACGGAGACAGUAGCUCGCAACAGUGGUUAAGGCUUCGCCUGGUCUGCGAAAAAAUCGGCUAUGAGGGUGAUGACAGCCUUUGUCUGCAUUGGCUUUCGAGUUCUGCUCGUUGCGAGCCUCCACUCGCCCUAACGUAGCCUUCGGUUCCCAGUGCCCAUUGUAAAGAAUCAAGGCAGUGUUGCUUUAGUUCGGUUCGAAACUUGAACCGAACCUUAA